AUGAAGCUUCAAAUUUUCAGACUAGUUAUCUAUUUACAAUUAAUCAAUGCAUUAUUACUCCCACAUCAUUGGCCUAUAGUAAGACCAAAGUUAUUUUCAUUAAAGACUACAAAAUCAAGAUUACAUGGUCAUUUACACCCUUUAGUCCCAAUAAGACAGCACAAUCGAGAAUUUACAUUUAGAAAUUUAGGUUAUAAUGAUUCUUCAUCGUCUCAAAAUUUAUUGUUUAUACCAAGAGAAUUAAUUAAUCCUGAAAUGUUUUCUGCCUUGGGAUUAUCUAAUUUGUUUACAAAUUUUACAAAUUUACAAUGGAUUAAUUUUACAUCAAAAGAUCAAAUAUUAAUACCACAAGAAUUUAAAACUUUUUUCAUAUUCAAUACGAGUUUAAUUAAAGAUUCAUCAUUUUCUGGAUUUGAAAAAAUUCAAAAUUUAAAAGAUCAUAAGAAUUUUCUUUCUUCAAAUAAUCUAUCAAAGAUGUUAAAUAGAGUUAUACCUUUUGAUAUGCCUGAAUUACUUGAUUUAAUAGAUUAUUAUAUGGUUUUACCAAAUUUACCCCACUUGACAAAUUUAACAUCAUCAGUAUAUAACGAAGGAUUAUUAAGUUACCCAUUAGAUCAAUUACCUACUUUCAGACCACAAUUAAGUGAUGGAAAACCAAUGAUUGUUUUUAUGUUUAAUGAAACUGAACCACAACCACCAACGACUGAAUCAGCUACGUCACAAAGGGAAAAAUUAUCACCACAUCAUAUCAUGUCAAUUAAAAAUUAUUUAAAACCAACUAGUAUAUCUAGCUUUUUUGAUAAAUUUGCAAGUUCUUGGAUAAAUCAAGUUGGUUAUGAUUCAUUAAUAAAAUCAGUAUUUUGUAAUAUUAACCCUCAAGAUGAAGAUCAUUCAUAUUGUCUUAAAAUAAGAAAUUCAAUGGUUGAUUUCGUACCUGCUUUUAAAAAAUUUAUUGCUAAAACUGAUCCAAAUAUUAUUUCAAAUUUCCAAUAUCAUCAAAAUAAUCCACAAGUUGAAUCAUUAGCGGUUAAACAAGUUCAUGAUAGAUUAAAAUCCAAAAAGAAUGCAUUGGAAAUGACAAGUUAUCAUUUAGUUAAAUAUCCAAAAGAAACAAUUGAAGUUUUAGAUGAAGCAUUUGAUUCUAAAAUUGAUGAUAAAUUUACAAAAAUUGAAUCAAAAAAGGAAGAUUGGUUAGAUAAAUAUGAAGAACAUAAAUUAAAUUUUUUAAAUGAAUUAGAUGAUAAAAUUUAUUCAUUAGAUGAUAAAAAGGAUUUAAUUACUGAUAAAAUUAAACGUAAAAAGAAUUAUCUUGCAAAUUGGAAGUUUAAACCUCAAUUAUUUGAUAAAUCAGAAGCUAGAGAUUUAGAAGAUGAGGAUCAAUCCGAUAAUGAUGAAUUUUUAAAUGAUGAAGAAGCAUUAGAACAACCUAGUGAUUCAGAAAUGGACAAGUAUGCAAAUGAUCAUAGUUAUAUUAGUAAAAGAAGUGAUUAUUUACAUCAUAUAACCACCAAUAAAAAACAAGAUGAUGCUAUUGGAAAUUAUAUAGAAGAUGGUGGAUUUUCAUUACCACUAAGUCUUUUAAAAAAUGUAUACAAAGAUCAAUCAUCAGUUUUAACUCCACCACCAAGAAGAACAACUUAUAGUCAAGUUAUAAAUUUAGAAACUUUAAAACCACUCAAAAAGAGAUUCGAGUUAGUUGAAAAAGAUACUGAUGAAUUUACAAAAGAUUGUAAACCAAUUACUUGGUAUAAUAUUUUCCAUUAUAGUAUAUUUGGAGAACCAAAAUUUUGUAAACCAAGAGAAGAAGAAGAGUAA